CUCUAGAGUCGCUGAUCUAAAUACAACUUUAGCUUUAUCAUAGACAAACAAUAAUAAGAAAAACAAUACAGAGGGAAAUGACACGGUUAUUUCUUAUUUUGGAUUAAAUCUUUAAAAUAAAUAUUGCUUCAAAAUGUACUUUUUAUAGUCUAAAGUCUACCAGUCAAUGUAAACAAUUACGCAAGGUGUUGUUCUGCCUUUAAGACUAUAAAAGAGAAUUCAGCACACAGCUUUACUGCAGUAUCUAACAGCAUAAAAAUGUUGAUUCUUAUAACAGUUGUACUACUCAAUGUGUGGGCUAUUCCGGCAGAAAAUGUACUCACUCCAAACAUAAACAUCCUUGAAGAAAUAAACAAGAUAGUGGAUUUGGAAAAAAGGAUCAAAUCAAUGGAGACAGAAAUGGAGCGACUAAAAACAGAGAAGGAAGUUCCUAAAGUUGCUUUCUCAGCCUCUCUGUUGACUACUUUUGGACCACAAAGCGUCGGACCUUUUCAUAACGGGUUACACACACUCAUUUACAAACACGUCUUCCUCAAUUUUGGAAGUAACUAUGAUCCAAACACAGGAAUUUUUACAGCACCUGUAAAGGGAGUCUAUGUGUUCACGGUUUUCUCAAAGGCUAUUGGAAAUCACGAGAGAGCCGUUACCGCUGGCCUGUUUAAAAAUGACCAGCAUAUUGUUUCUACACAUGGACAUCAAGCAGAUGGUUUCAUCAGCUCUUCAAAUGGAGUCUCUCUGCUGCUAGAUGAAGGGGAUAAAAUGAAAGUCAAUCUCUAUCCUGGACAAUGGAUUUUUGACAAUGGAGAACACCAUCACAGCACGUUCAGUGGACAUCUGCUUUUUGCCAUGUGAUCUUGCAGAGGUUUUUAUUCACCACAAAAUCUCUAAUACAUAAAGCAUGUGUAAUUCUCAAAAAAGAUGAACUGUUAUUAUAUUCAUAUAAUAAAAUCAACGCAAAUAUUCUUCAUAUCUUG